AUGGUUGCCAUAGCACCUCAUGUUUCCUGUACCACAGCUAGAAUACCCCAGAAAACUAAGGGCAGCCAAAUGCCACCUGAGGAAAUCUGUAAGAUUAAUAUGAGGAGUCAUAAAUCAGGCGUGAGUGAGGAUCCUAAAAAUUUUGAGCGCUUUUAUUCGAACUUUGUUCAAACAGUUAUACUGCUGGGCACUUUCUAUUAUAGUAUUGAAAGGCUUCAGCCGUGGUCCACUUUUACCACCGAUACAUCUUAUAAACAAAUCUUUGUAAAUGUCGUUGUGGUGGGCUUAAUAAUGAUUAGUGUAGUAAUCAUCAAAUAUUGGCAACAUGGAUACAGGAGUUUACCCAAGUUUGAUACCGUUUACAAUUUGUAUUUGCCUUUUAUGACUUCAUUAUUGUUUGAUACACCAUCUACAGUAAUAAAUACCAUUUUGAUUCUUUCGGUAUUGAAUUCAUAUAGAUGGAGAACUCAGUUGGUAGUGAUUGUUUUACAGGUAUGUCUCAUAUUUUUUAACUUUGAUGCUGGUGACAGAAUAAAAACUACUAUUAGUAUUAUAAUAAAUUCUUUACUAUCGUUGCUGUUGAAAUAUAUUGGCCAAUUGAAAAGCUUAGAUAACAUUGACUCUAAUCUUUUUAGUAUCCUAUUAACGAAUAUUAUAUAUGUUUCUGAAGCAGACUCAGUGCAUUUUAGAAUUUUAAAGGGCAUUAUCCUUGCACUCAUGACAAUAAUUUCAAUCAACUUUAUGCUCAAACAAAUAAUGCACCUUAAACCGGUUAUGCAGUCACUAUUUUUUGCUAUGGGAUUUCCACUCUUUGCCAAUAUCUUCAUUCAUUUGGAAGGUGGUAAAAAUCCGCUAUUGUGGUUGGUAGAGUAUAUAUUAGAGUCUACCACUCGUCAAAGGAUUCUGUUUGCGUGGAUUUCUAUUCUCGUGCUGUCUAUACCCAGUAUAUUGAUUGAAAAGGACAGUCUUUCAUUGAAUACUUCCCGAAAACUGUGGCAUUUCAUUAUAUUCUUACUCAUAGUACCAUCGUUCCAGAUAGAUUCAAACUUUGUGAAAAUUGCGUUGUCCGGAACUAUACCGGUCUUUUUAUCAAUCGAGUACGUAAGAUUUCAAAAUCUACCGCCACUUGGAUCUGCUAUUGAACUACAACUGAGAAGAUUUGCUGAUUCUAGAGAUCACAGUGGACCAUUAAUCAUAUCAUACCUUUAUUUACUCUUUGGUAUAUCCACUCCUUUAUUAAUGAAUAACUCUCCUAUGGGUUUGAUAGGGUUGGGAAUUGGUGAUUCACUAGCAUCUAUCAUUGGCAAAAGGUAUGGUCGCAUUCGUUGGCGAGGUACUCAAAAAACUAUAGAGGGAACUCUUGCUUUCAUAUUGACAAGUUUUAUGGUUUGUUUGAUACUACUUCAUUUUGAUAAAGCUGUCAUUUUCAAUCAUAUGACUCCUUUACGAUUACUGUUACUUUGUAUACUCAGCGGUGUAUUAGAAGGUAAUAGUGUGCUUAAUGAUAAUAUUUUAAUACCUGCAUUUAUGAUGAUAUGUGAAAAAUUGCUUACCCUUUGA